UACUUUCUUCCCAAUAGCGCACUCCAGUGUCUGCAACAGGAACUGACCGGGCUGUCGCUGUGUUGUAGCAUCAGUUUGAAGAUGGCGGAGGGUGAAUUGAACGUGGAUAGCCUCAUCUCUCGGCUCCUGGAAGUACGGGGAUGUCGUCCAGGGAAGAUAGUCCAGAUGACAGAGGCGGAGGUCCGAGGUCUCUGCAUCAAAUCCAGGGAGAUCUUCCUGAGCCAGCCCAUCCUACUGGAGCUGGAGGCUCCUUUGAAGAUAUGUGGUGAUAUCCAUGGUCAGUACACAGACCUGCUGAGGCUCUUCGAAUACGGUGGCUUCCCUCCAGAGGCGAACUACCUUUUCCUGGGUGACUACGUGGACAGAGGGAAACAGUCCCUGGAAACCAUCUGCCUCCUACUGGCCUACAAAAUCAAAUACCCAGAGAACUUUUUCCUGCUCAGAGGCAACCAUGAGUGUGCUUCCAUCAACCGCAUCUACGGGUUCUACGAUGAGUGUAAGCGCAGGUUCAACAUCAAGUUGUGGAAGACCUUCACUGACUGCUUUAACUGCCUCCCUAUUGCUGCUAUCAUUGAUGAGAAGAUCUUCUGCUGCCAUGGAGGACUGUCCCCCGAUUUGCAGUCAAUGGAGCAGAUUCGAAGGAUCAUGAGGCCGACAGAUGUUCCUGACACAGGCCUGCUGUGUGACUUGUUGUGGUCAGAUCCAGAUAAAGACGUACAAGGCUGGGGAGAGAACGACCGCGGAGUCUCCUUCACUUUUGGUGCAGAUGUGGUCAGUAAGUUCCUCAACCGCCACGACCUGGAUCUGAUCUGCAGAGCUCACCAGGUUGUGGAGGAUGGUUACGAGUUCUUUGCCAAACGCCAACUGGUCACACUUUUCUCUGCGCCAAACUACUGCGGGGAGUUUGACAACGCAGGCGGCAUGAUGAGUGUGGAUGAAUCUCUCAUGUGCUCUUUCCAGAUCCUGAAGCCCUCGGAGAAGAAGGCCAAGUACCAGUACGGUGGUGUGAAUUCUGGUCGACCUGUCACUCCACCUCGCACCACCCAGGCCCCUAAAAAGAGGUGAACAGGCAGCCUAGGCCCUUUCUCUUCCUCCUCUUCCUCCUCUCUCCUCUGUGCAUCUUUGGUUUGCCAUCAUGGCAAAACCAUGUAACUCCCCCUGUAUAGCAAAGAUAUGGGGCUUUAUGCUAACAGCCCAAUCUUCCUUCUCUUUCUCACCACUCACUGUCUUUUCUUAACGUGUAUGUGUACAUUUGCUGUGACCGAUCUCCUUUUUAUUUUUAUUUGUUGCCUUACUGGCUGGUAUAUUUAAUAUUAUCAACAAAUAAUCUCUUUGGUGGUUCCUUCCAAAGCCAUCUGAUGUUUUCUGGGGUUCUGUGUCAUGCAGUGUCUUGAGCAGUUGAAGAGAAACUCCUUUUUGAUCAUGUUAAAUCUAUACAUUACUUUAGUGUUGUUCAAACUAAUUACAGUUUGUGAUCAUUUGACCCCCCAACCAUGUUUCAUAUUGAAAGUGUAAUGAAAAAAAAGUCCGACUGAUGAGCAGCAAAGAAUGUGCAGAGACCUGCUUGAAUGAGAAAUGGAGGCUGAAUCAGAAGCUGCUGGCAGUGAACACUUGGCCCUGUGGGCAUCAGUUCCUCCUCUCUUUUGUGUCUCCCUGUGCCUCGACUCUACUCCCACACUAAAACCUGCUGCUUCUAAAUUCCAGCUGGUACUCGUUCCUUUUAUUGCCUGGGUUUUUAGUGAACACCAGAUUCUCUUUUUCUCAUCAUUCCACUGUUCAGGCACAGAAUAUGAAAACUGAUGGAGUUGGAAGUGGUUGCCAGCACGUUUUUUGUGUGUGAUAGUGACGCCACCUGGUGUGCAAAUAACGCAUUGCAACUGUAAGCUAACAAAUACUGUCAUGCUAUAAAUUUUACUUCUGCAGACAGUGUCACCUUCAGUAUGAUGAUGCCAGUACAAUGAUGAUGUUAGAGGUCUUUCUGUUCUUCUGACCAGUGUUUGAUCUGGCUUGGACUUCAGCUUUACUUUCUGAUGAUGAGAUGCACUUGAUUAUUUUUAAAUAAGAACUUUUUUUUUCUUUACGCAUUCUGUGAUGUUCUAACUUCAUUGUAUGACAUUGUUUAUUUUUAAUUCCUUUAACUUAUUGACUUAUAACAACAGUAAGAAAACAAUGAGAUGUUACUAAAACCGGUUUUUCAAUUUGUACACACUUGUUUGAAAGUCUAUAAAUGAAAUUAAAUGGAUGGAAACUAAAUUGA